AUGGAGGUGUGUGUCAUUGCCAAGUGCACAUAUAAGUCGGAAACCAUCAUGUUUUCAGUUUCAUCAGAGUCAUCCAUGGUUGAUAUUUUGAAGACUUUGUGUCUGAGGUUUAGGGGUUUGCAGUUGGGUUGUUUCACAUUACGGUAUUCGGUGCCCGGUUAUCCGAGUUGUUUUCUAGAAACGGAUAGCGAUUUGGACUUGAUGAGGACAUUUUUGUUGAUAUCAAAUGAGAAGACUGUUGAUAUUUUAGUGAAGGAUUUAUGCGGGAUCAAUGAAUAUAGUGGUGAUUUUUGUGUAAAUAAGGAGUUGAUAGCAUGUGAAAAGGGCGAGUCGUCGUGUUCUAGUACUGUCGAAGACAGAAACGAGUUUUUGGGCAGGUCGAAGAGAGCAAGUGCUAAGCCUUUGUUGUCGAAUGAGUGGGAGACAUACAUACAUCAUGUGGGGCAGAAGUUUGAUGGUGGUGCAGAGGAGUUCCGGUUGAAAUUGUGCAAGUACGCUCUUGAAGUAGGAUUUAAUUUUUUAUAUGCCGGCAAUGACAAGAAGCGGGUGGUUGCUGUUUGUUCGAAUAAGAAAUUGGAGGGUUGCAGCUGGCGUGUUUAUGCUUCUCGUUGUGAAGCUACUGGCAGUUUUGUAAUUCGGACGUUAAAUAAUGUUCAUACAUGUGCGGGUCGGAUACGGGAAUCAAAGAGUAAGAUGAUGAGGUCUCGUGUGGUGUCCUCCCUCAUUGUGGACAGAAUUCGUGCAAAACCAGAGCUGAAGCCAGUUGAGAUUAUACACGAGUUCAAAGAUUAUUAUGGUAUAGACAUUUCAUACUACCACACAUGGUUUGGCAAACAGUUAGCUAAAUUGGACGUUCACGGUGAUGAGUCGAAGUCCUUCAACGAGUUAGUGUGGUAUGCGGACGCCGUAAAGGAAACUAACACUGGUUCUCUCUGCACUCUUGAUUGUGAAGCUGGAAUUAAUCGCUUUCGACGAUUUUUUGUGUCUUUUGGCGGUUGCAUUGCUGGAUUUCAAUAUUGCAUACCCUUGUUGUUCAUUGAUGCUACGUUUUUGAAGAGCAAGUACAAGGGGAAGCUUCUCUGUGCUUCGGGAAAGAAUGGAAAUCAAGCUUCGGUCGUCGUCGGUGGUCGUUGCUCGUCGUCGUUGGUCGUCGUCGCCGUUGCUCGUCGUCUUUGUUUCUGGUCGUCCCCGUUGCUGCUCAUCGGCUUCGUUUUUGGAGAAUAG